AGUCUGAAAGAAAUGUGUUUAGUAAUCGAUUAGAAUGUUAUGCGUGUAGGUGAUUCAUGCUUUGGGCAGUUUAAGGGCAAGUAUAAAAGUGCUCAGCAGCAGAUCUUGUAUAAUCAUUUCUCUUAUUUCUCUUGUGAAGUAGAUUAGCCACCCCUGAGCAAUGGUGCACUCUCUAAGCCCAUGCACUGAUGGCAGUGCUUCUCCAUGUGGGGUGGCUGUGCCACAACCCGUUGCUGAUAGCUGCAAUGAACCCUGUGUUCGUCAGUGUCCUGACUCCCGGGUGGUGAUCUACCCUCCACCUGUGGUUGUGACCUUCCCUGGACCCAUCCUCAGCACUUUCCCUCAGCAGAGCGUCGUGGGAUCUGCAGGAACCCCUGAAGUUGGAAGUGGAUUUAGUGCUGCCCGUACUCCUGGGACCUCCCUUGUUUAUGGUGGUGCCAGAUGGGGACGGGGAUACCCAAUUGGAAACUGCAGACCAUGCUAAAGCUGCUGCUGCUGAAACAAGAAUAUCCAGGACAUGUCAAACAGGAUGUAGAUAAUGUGGCUGAGCACCAGGGCACAGCAUUUAGGAAGGGCUGAGCCAUUUGGAGCUGCCACUAAAUCCAUCUGUAGAUGCUCAGAUCUUCUGAAAUGUCCAUUUACAUCCUUCUUGGAUUACUUGUGCUGUUUUUCUAAUGCCUUCCUAUUUUUCUAAGUGCUCUGUUCUUGAUGCUAUGGGACUAUACUGCUUAUUCUUUGGGGGCUAAUUCAUUGUGGCAACAUAAAGGGAUCUGGUAUGACAUUCAUUUUAGGUCCCUUUUUUCUGUGGCAACUGGUGCAUGAAAGAGAGUCAUGGUGUCAACUAGCCUCUGUUUCUGUGCUAUAUAUGUCUUGCUCUGAUCAGGUCUGAGUAUCAACCCAGAGCUGCAAUAGAGAAGCGCCACUAGUUAUUACAUGAAUCAUCUUGCAUCAAACCACAGGUUGCAGGCAAUUUGUAAUCUCUACUAUAUAAUCCUACCUCUGUAUGAUCUGCUUCUUUCAUUAAACAUGACAUUGCAACAUGUUACUGGCCUUGA